ACGCAAGAAAUACGGUUCAAACAAAAUUUCAAAACCCUAAUUUGUAAAUCUCUCUCUAGAUGUGAUCAGCUGAGUUUCUACUAACUGAAUCGAUUUCCGCUACUUUUUCUCUCUCCUCCAGGCCCCAAAUUUCUCUCUCCUUACUCUCUCUCUACUGUUCUUCUAAAUCUCCUUGCUUAACGUCAUUAUUCAAGAUUAUGGAUACUUCAAGUCCUGCAGCUUUUGUCAAUGGAGAAUUGCUUCGUAUGUUUGUUGGGCGGAAGGUUCGAGUAGUUGUUCAGGUGAUCCAAUCUGAUGCUGGCUCUUUAAUUGGAAAAUCAACUGAUGACCGUCAGAUCGUUAUCAAGGGUUCACCACCAACUCGUCCAUUCACCAAAUAUGUUGAGAUUAUUGGUAUUGCAGACAGCAACCAAUCUAUUCAUGCUGACAUAUGGUCCAACUUUGGUGAUAAUUUUGAUGCACAGAACUAUAAUCAGCUAUGCCAGCUUGCUAAUGGGGAAUAUAAACACUUGUUCAUUUGAGUCGUUGAUGUUAAAUGUCCUAAUAGAGGAUGCGACUCUGGUAGAAUAUUUUGCCAUCUUCUCAAACAUCAGCUUGUGAACUCUCAGCAGAUUAUUAUGUAUAGAAUGUCUCAAGGGUUUUGGUGACUUUGGCAUGUGAGAUGAAAUGAGAUUUAUAUUGCAAAGUUUCUUCAUGCUUUCUUUCCUCUGGAAA